GAGAGACUUGAGAGAGAGAAAGAGAGAGUGAGAAGCCUGGAGCAUGUGUAGAUAUGGGUAGGCUUGUUUAUGUACUGAGACUCUGUCUCCACUGACAACCAGGAGAGUGUUAGAGGAAGAGAGUCAAGGAGACUGAUAGAGACGUAGGGUUAGUGGCUGAAAGACGGAGAGAGACAAAUAGAAAACGAAACAUAGAGAUAAAGAAAGUGAUAAAGAGGGAGAGGAGGGCGCUAUAGAAACACAGGUAUGCUGCAGGGGGUUCUUAUUGCCCUCUUUCGCUUCUUCAGGGGAGGGGGACGGCAGGUGUUCCCGCCGGUGGAGGAGAGAGGGCCAUAUUCAAACUCCGUACAGUAUGCAUUGCUCCAACUGGCUUCAGUCACAGACUCCUCUUCCCUGCAGGAUGCCAUCAGAGAGGCUCUCCAGACUGUCUUUUAUGAAGUGGACAGUGUAUACGUCUAUCUAUUGGAUGCAGAGACAGGACGCUUGUGGUGUGAAGAACCACCCCAUGAGCUACCGAAGGAGGGGAGACUCAGGGAUGUGGUUGUCCAGCAGAGGAGAGUACAGUGUGAAGGACUUCCUUCCUCAGAGCUGCAGGAGCAACAGAGAGAGAGACUAACAGAGCCACUGCAGCAGGACAAAAGAGUGUUGAUCAUUCCAAUCCUGGACCAGGGUGUAACUACCGCCCUCCUCUUGGUUUGCUGUAUACAGCCCACUAAAGCUCAGGAACAAAGCCUUGAUGUACUGGAGAGACAUGUCACCAUAGCCUGUAAGAGAGUCCAGGCCCUGCAGGGUCAAAGGCUCACCCAGGGGUUAGAGGUCAACAGGAAAUCAUAUCUAUCCCUGACCAGGAGGACCACACCUGAUGUGGACUACAGUGCACUGGACCAUCAGAUCCUGAGGCUUUGUGGAGAGCUGUAUGACCUGGACGCUGCCACCCUCCAACUAAAAGUAAUCCGUUAUCUGGAGGCGCAGACUCAUUCAUUGUGCUGCUGUUUACUUCUGGUAUCAGAGGAUAACCAACAGCUGUUCUGUCAGGUAGUUGGAGACAAGGUUCUGAAGGCGGAGAUCAGUUUCCCUCUGUCAUUUGGCAACCUUGGUCAGGCUGUGGAGAAGAGGAAGAGCAUCUCUCUGCAAGACGUCACUCAAAAGGAACACCAGCAGCUGAACAGCACUCUGGGAUUUGAAGUUCUCUCAAUGCUGUGUGUUCCUGUUGAGUGUCGGGCCACCACCAAGGUUGUGGCCCUUGCCUGUGCCUUCAACAAAAAAGGAGCAGACAGACACACAGAAGUGGAUGAACACAUAGUGCAGCACUGUUUCUGCUACACUUCCUCAGUACUGACCAGCACAUUGGCAUUCCAAAAGGAACAGAGACUCAAGUAUGAAUGCCAGGCACUGCUUCAGGUCGCCAAAAACCUUUUCACACACCUGGAUGAUGUAUCAGUCCUGCUAAAAGAGAUCAUUGCAGAAGCACGGAGUCUCACCAGUGCAGAAAUUUGUUCUGUGUUCCUGUUGGACAGUGUCAGUCAUGAGCUGGUUGCCAAGGUGUUUGAUGGAGGAGUGGUUAUCAAUGAGGAAACAGAGCUGCGUAUCCCUGCUGACCAGGGCAUAGCAGGCCAUGUCGCCACCACAGGGAAGAUCCUCAACAUCACAGAUGCCUACUCCCACCCUCUCUUCUACCGCGCCGUGGACGACAGCACAGGCUUCAGGACACGCAACAUCCUCUGCUUCCCCAUAAAAGACGAACACGGAGAAGUGAUUGGCGUGGCUGAGCUGGUCAACAAGACUAAUGGACCAUGGUUCACCCGCCUUGAUGAGGACUUGGCCACAGCCUUCUCCAUAUACUGUGGAAUCAGCAUCGCUCAUUCCCUCCUGUAUAAGAGAGUCGACGAAGCUCAGUUUAGGAGUCAGCUUGCUAAUGAGAUGAUGAAGUACCACAUGAUGGUGUCAGAGGAGGAAGUGACCCGGCUACUGACUGUGGGAAUCCAGCCUGUAGGGGAAAUCUACCCCAGCUUCUCCAGCUUCACCUACACACCUCGCUCCCUGUCAGACGACAGCACACCCACGGCCAUUAUCAGCAUGUUUGAGGACAUGGGCUUCAUAAACACCUACAAGAUCAACAUGCACACGCUGGCCAGGUUCUGCCUGAUGGUGAAGAGAGGCUACAGGGAUCCUCCAUAUCACAACUGGAUGCAUGCAUUCUCAGUCUCUCAUUUUUGCUACCUCCUCUGCAAGAACCUGGAGCUCUCCAACUACCUAGAGGACAUCGAGAUGUUUGCUCUUUUUGUGUCCUGCAUGUGUCAUGACUUGGACCACAGAGGGACCAACAACUCCUUCCAGGUGGCAUCGAAAUCUGUGUUGGCUGGCCUGUAUAGUUCUGAGGGAUCUGUGCUGGAGAGGCAUCACUUUGCUCAGACGAUUGCCAUACUCAACACCCAGGGCUGCAACAUCUAUGAAAAGUUAUCUAGAAAGGACUACCAGAGGAUGCUUGACCUGAUGAGGGACAUCAUCCUAGCCACAGACUUGGCUCAUCACCUACGGAUCCUGAAGGAUCUGCAGAAAAUGGCAGACGUGGGCUACAACACCAAAGACCCUCAGCACCAUAACCUGCUACUGUGCCUGAUCAUGACCUCCUGUGACCUCUCUGACCAGACCAAGGACUGGAAGACCACCUGGAAGAUCGCAGGACUUAUUUACAAGGAAUUCUUUUCUCAAGGAGAUCUGGAGAAGGCUAUGGGGAACCGUCCCAGUGAGAUGAUGGACAGGGAGAAGGCCUACAUCCCAGAGCUGCAGACAAGCUUCAUGGAGCACAUAGCCAUGCCCAUCUAUAAACUCCUCCAGGACCUGUUCCCCAGGUCGGCAGAGCUGUAUGAAACCGUGGCUAGCAACAGAGAACAGUGGGGUAGGGUCUCUCACAAGCUCAACAUUAAGCGGUGGCCCGGCAACGAUUCUCUGGACUACCUAGAUGCAGAGUUUGAGCAGCUACAGGUUGAGCAGAACGGACAGAUGGAACAGGAAGGACAGGACAGACAGACAGGGCAGGAAAUGGACGAUGAGACCAAUGGUAGCCCUCCAGCCCAGCCCUAGGCCACAGCAAGACAACCAAGAGUCAUGGAGAACUAACACCUACAUCAAAGUGAUUUUGAUUUUAUAUUCUGUCAUACCCAAAAUGGAUUGUGGCUCAAUCAUUAUUUUAUUACCUCCCCCUGCAAAGACACCUAUUUUACAGGAUGUAGUGCACAACAAUCUAAAUGAUCAUUCUCUCACAUUGCAGCUGGUGUGGAACACAAUGCAGACAGCAGGUGGACACAGAAAAUGAUUGAUUACAUAGAUUUGGAGAGAGGAAUAUUACAAUGGCUAUAAACUCAUUUUACAAAAUUAUAUUUUUUAUUUUGCCUUGAGUUUCUCACAAUGAUACUUGAAGUUUGUGUGAAUCUUUAAAGGCAGAUAUUGAGAGUUAUCAGGUAGAACCAUGUACAUUGUAAACGGGGGUGAACAUAGAUUACCAUUUUUACCUACCGGUAUGGGACACCCAGGUGCGAGCAGGCAUUUAAAAAAAAAAUCAUACAUAAAGUACACGGUAGCCUACUCUGCUAACACUGACAAACAGAUCAAUAAAAACUAAAAGUGGCACUGGCCCAUUGACAAAUACAGUGAAUAUGCUCACACCGGGGAUAUGGCCGAUGUUCUCCACUGGUGCCAAUAAGGUAACUUUAGCCUACUUUCAAUGAUUUUAUUUAUGUAUUGACAGGAGUAAGCUAAUUAGGCCAUAUAAUUUCGGCAAUUUAAUUCAAUUUACUCCAGAGAAAGCUUCCCCUAGCCUUAUGGCACGGCCGCUUAUGCCGUUUAAUGUGGCAUGAACACAACCAGUCAUGAUGUUUUCAUCUGAUUGUCAAACAAUCGCUUAACAAAUACGCUCCUUGUAAGGCUACCCACGCAUAUACGUCCACUCACAAAAUAAUUUCGGCAUCCAAACCCCAACAAUUUAAUGUGGCUGACAUGCAGUAAUGAUAAAUACUUCUGUAGUAGCCAAUUGGUUUUUGGGCAUGUUGUAUUAAUUGUGAUAGGCUCACGUUUUACCGGUGAGCACACCCCCACUAUUUAUUUUGCCGGGAUGCCAUAACGGACCAUAUUUUCAAUCCGUUUGUAAACAGAAUGUAACAAGCUUGCCUUACCUUGUUGGGUUGCCUUCAACAUGAGACACUGCUCGAUUGUUAAUAUAUAUACUUUGUGGUAUCGUGUGUAUAUAUAACAAUGUUGGUGAUUGGAAUGUAUAAUGUAGGCCUACUGUAUAUUUUUUUAAAGUUAUCAAUUCACUAGUUUAUAGCACACAUUUUUCAUAACAUGUUUCUUCUCCCCUGUAUCCCCUUCAAACACUGUUUUCAGAGUUUGUGUAAAUCUGGUCUGAUUUGGACAUUGCUGUUUGAAUGUGUGACAUGUAGAAAUGGCAUGGGGUCGAUAUGCAUUUUUGUUUUUGUAACAUCCAACUAUAUUAAGUUCUUAUGUCGAUGUGUCUGUUUGCCUUUUUCAAUUUCCAAAUACCAAAAAUAUAGAUAAUUCUGUGAAUUCUUGAAUCUACAUGUUAACAUGAUGCACUGGAUAUUUAUAUUAGUUCCUAAUAUCUGUGCACAAAUAAAAUGUUUUGCACACAA